ACAUGAUUUUGGGGAGUAAAUAUGAAGAGUUUGACGCGAUCAUGACUUCUCUCUCUUACUGCUAAGCAUCAUGCGUGUCCUCUCAUGUAAGCUGAUGUAAGUUCAUGGCCUCUGAUGGGUCUCCGGUCAGAGAUGCUCGUGAGAAGCAGAAGAAGAAGAAGAAAGCAGGUAAGAGCAGGACAGAUGAAACAGACACACAGGUGGAGAUUCAGAGACUCACUGAAGACGGACACGCAGCGCUGCAAACUGGAGACAAAACUGCAGCUCUGCAGUGCUUCAAGAACGCAUUAAAAGCUGCCACAAAGCUGCGAGAGAGCCGACUUCAGAGGACGUGUGCGUUUAAUCUGGGUGCAGCGUAUGUUGAGGCAGGUCGACCUCAGAAGGGUCUGGAUCUCCUGUCUGGCUCUCAGUCAGGUGAGAGAGGCGAGCGGAUAGCAGACCUUCAGCAUAAUCUGGCGACGGCUCACGAAGCGCUGGGGGAUCACACCCGGGCCGUCCGGCACUAUCUCCAGGCCGCACAGCUGUACCGCUCGCAGGGAGACGCGUAUGCAGAGGGAGACACCUGCGUUAGACUCGCUCGAUGCCACCUGAAGAGACAGGAGUGGAACGAGGCGGCAGACGCUUUCAAACGGGCCGCUGAGAGUUACAAACUAGUGGGAAGCACAUCGGCAGCUGCGCUGGCCCUGAAGGAUGCUGGGAAACACAUGCUGCAGAGCGGCCGCUGCGCUGCUGAUGACAUCGUCGCCGUGUUGACGGACAGUCUGGAGAUGAGCACCAACAUCACGGAUCAGGAGACGCUGGGGAAGCUGUUGAAUGACGUGGGUUUGAGUUUUACUCGGCUCAGGUUGUUUUCUGAAGCAGCUGAAUGUUAUGAACAGGCUCUUCCUCUGGUCGCUUCCAAACCACACAGACUGGCUGUAGUUCUGCAGAAUCUGGGGGCCGUUCACAACACUUUGGGUCAGUUUGAGGAGGCUCUGAGAUACCACAGAGAAGCAGCGGCGUUACACGGCUCUCUGGGCAGUCGUGGAGCACAGGGGCGGUGUUUCAGUAAUCUGGGUUUUGCUCUUGUUGAACUGGGCGAACUGGAGGAGGCGUGGGAGAGUUUUCUACACGCUCAACAGGCCUUCAGAGACGCAGAUGACCCGGCUGGUCAGUGGCAGGCCUGUGAGGGUCUCGGUGGGAUCAAACUACAGAUGAGAGACCCAGAGAAAGCCACUCACUAUUAUAAACACGCUUUACGACUGUUGUGCCAGUGUCAGGAGGUGUCCAGUUCUGUCCAGGAACGGCUGGUCAGUAAACUGAGUGAAGGUUUACAGCAGAAACUUCUACUGCAGCAGACGAGACCCCCAAUACAACGAGAGCGACACCCUAACAGACAGCAGCCACGGAGCACAGCGGUGAGGUCUGACAUGAAGCAUGACAGGAGAGAGACACUGGAGAAACGCACACAUGGAGGAAACUCACACACAGAGGCGUCUGGAGACAGGAAACCCACCAGUGAAGUGAUGACGUCAUCAGAAUCCCACCUGAGUGAAGAACACACAGCAGAAACAGAUGACCUCACUGCACUGCCAGAGGCCAACAGGAAUCUGAACAACAUGUAUGAUAAACCUGACAUCCAGCAGCACAUCGUCUCUGUGCAAUCCUCAGCUCACAUUGAAUCAUCUUCUGAAGCUACAAUGUUGACGUCAGAGCAGAUGAACGGGGGCCAACCUUCCGUCAGGAGUGACGUGACUCCGCCUUCUAAUCAGCCUGACGGCGAUGAGGCCACGCCCCUCAAGAGAACGCUCAACUCCAGAUUCUGCACAGUCAUGUGA